AUGGAUAGAAGUAACACUAUAAAUGAGACUUCCGAAGAACGUCGACGAAGACUUAAUCGUGAACGACAACAGCGUUAUCGUAAAAACAAAAGAAAUACGGGACUUGACCACUCAGGAGAGAAGAGGAUACGUAUACAAGAUGAAGUUAGUAACGCUAUAGAUGAAACUUCUGAAGAACGUCAACGAAGACUUAAUCGUGAACGACAACAACAUAACGUGACUAUCCGCGCUGAACAAGAAGUAGUUAUUCAUCUGACUACUGUUCCGCUAAAAACAUUAAAAGCACGUAUUUAUCCAUGGUCUUCGCAAGGUUUAGACCGUCACUCUCUGGGAAGCAUGAAUCAUAGAUGUAAUUGUUGUGGGGCGCUGUUGUGGAUAGAUGAAAGAACAGGCACAUCCACACGAUCACCAGUUUUCACAACAUGUUGUGCCAAAGGCAAGGUUUUUCUUCCUCCUAUUGAGGAAUUACCAUAUCCUCUCAACAUUCUUCUUACUAGAACAGAUCCAAGUGCACGUUCAUUUAGGAAAAAUAUUAGGUCGUAUAAUUCAGCUUUGGCUUUUACAUCUAUGGGUGCAAAGGUUGAUCAUAGCAUAACAGGAACAAGUGGCAUUUACAGCUUUCGUGUUCAUGGUAAAAUAUAUCAUGGCAUAGGCACAAUACUUCCUGACAAUGAAGCUCACCCUCAAGAUAUAUUUUAA